UCGCACAAAUAUCUUGGCUUAUUUAUCAUGCUAGAAACACUGUACAGCCUUCCAUUCGUGGUCCUCGAAGCCCCCAACUUGCGCCUCAAGAGACCAUCGUGGUUCCAGCAGCCGAGCAGCAUCACAGUCUUCUCACUUGUGCUCUUGUCGUACUUCCUCGUGACCGGAGGCAUCAUCUACGAUGUCAUCGUCGAGCCCCCGAGUGUGGGCUCCACCACCGAUGAGCACGGCCACUCGCGGCCGGUGGCAUUUAUGCCCUAUCGCGUCAAUGGGCAGUACAUCAUGGAGGGACUGGCCAGCAGCUUCCUCUUCACCAUUGGCGGCCUAGGAUUCAUCAUAAUGGACCAGACACACACGCCAGGGAAGCAGAAGCUCAACAGAAUCCUCCUCACGGCCAUGGGCUUCAUCUUUAUCCUCGUCUCCUUCUUCACCACGUGGAUCUUCAUGCGAAUGAAGCUGCCCGGAUAUCUGCAGCCCUAAGGCACACGUGAACCACAACUCAAAAGCGCCAGAAAGUGCAAAGCCUCUUCUGUGCACAACGUACAAUCGCAAUCAGGAAGAAAACAACGCGUUAUCGCCAAGUUAUCACACAUAAUUUAAAAGUCCAAUAAAAUCUGUGUAUCGAAGGAUCAA